AUGAAUAACAGUAGGAGAAACUCCAGAGAGCCUGUCAACACGUCACAAACAGUGAGCUGCAUCUGUGUCAGAGGGGUCAACAGUACGGGCAGUGACUUAUCCUCCAUCUUACCUGUUCAUAACAAAGCAGCGCGUGAGCCAGAGAGAUUGCUGGUUCCUGCUCGUCCAAUAGCGCCGUAUGUGGAGAGAGGCUAUGUCUCCUCACAGCAAGUCUUCAACCUGCUGAGCGCAGAGGAGGGCCAGGCGGCCCUGUAUGAUCCGUACUACAUCCUCAUCCUGGACUGUCGCAGCACAAAGAGGUCGGCGCUGCACAUGUACGGGAAAAGCCACGUGGUGACGGCGCGGGCCGCUGUGACGGUGAUCCACCCCGUGCUGGGCUGUCUGAUCAGCUGCAUUGCACUGCAGAAGUAUUCGAUAAUACUGCUGUAUGCAGAAGAAGGAAGCAGCCCAGUUGUGUUGACUAUCUGUACUGACUCCUUCUCGCUGCCAUUGCUUCUAUAUGCCUCUGUGCUUAUUUCAGUGGGCAGUGUAAAGGCCAGGACCGACUCCCCAGACCUGCUGCACUGCUUCUUUCAGCUCAGUCGUUUGGGAAUGGACCCCGUCAUCCUGCUGGGGGGAUUUUCAGCCUUCCGGGCCUCCUACCCUUUCCUGUGCACACGUAUGGUCCUGCUGGAAACUGAGCGGCACACUCUCACCAUCUACCCCUCAGAGAUCCUGGAAGGAGCCCUCUAUCAGGGCUCUGCCUCUCAAGCCUCUGACUACCGCAUCAUCGAGAAUCUACGGAUCACACACGUGGUCAACGCCACUGCCAACUGGCCCGACGCUUUCCCCAACAAGCUGUGCUACCUGAGGCUGUGUCUGAGCGACGAUGCCCAGCAGGACCUGGUGGAGGCUCUGCCGUUGGCCUCCAGGUCCAUCAACGCGGCCCUGAUGGCUGAGCCCGCCGGCCACGUCCUCGUCCACUGCAGUGUCGGCAGGAUUCGCAGCUCGGCACUGACGCUGGUCUUCCUCAUGGAGCAUCGACGCUGGUCACUGCUUCACGCCCUGUGCUGGUUGAAGGAGAGGAGGGCCUGCUCGGCCCCCAACGUGAACUUCCUGCGUCAGCUAAUUGUCUACGAGGAGCUGCUGUUUGGGAGCAAACUCACCUCCCUGAGCGACAUCCGCCGAUGACCGGAGGGAGGAGGAGAAUGGAAAGGAGGAUACACUGGACCAGUAGCGGAUUCACAAUGUGGCAUAGCUGGAAAGAUUUGGAUGGGCCAUCAGUUUCUUUCAGUUUCGGAAUAAAAAUGUAAGAGGAGAAAUUAGGCACAUUACUUCUUACGCACUGAUCAAAUAUAUAUAUAUAUAUACCGCAGCCCACUGCUCCUUAAUAAUUAAGGAUGGGUUAAAUGCAGAUAACUAAUUUCCCCUUGGGGAUUAAUAAAAGUGUAUAUUAUUAUUAUAUUAUAUAUAUAUAUAUAUUCCUGCUUUAUAUUCUUAUGUUACAGUAAUUUACCUCUUCUAUUUUUGUGUUUACUUUUCUCUUUCAUGUAUCUUCAUUUCUAUUGUACACUAGUGCUAAUAUUACUACUAUUACUUCUCAUACACUUUAUAUUUGUUUCUCUGUAUUAUUGUGAUUUUUGAGCAAUCUCUGGCAGAGAAAUUUGCUCCGGGAUUAAUAAAGAAAUGAGCCAGUGAGAUGAAUCUCUCUCAGCUAAACAUACAACUUUAAAUAUUUACAAAUAAUAUUUAGUUAGAAAUGUUGUGUGCGUGUAUAAAAUGGGUAUUUAUGCACAGUUACAGCUCCACUAAUAUGAUUGGUAUUAUACAAUUUUAGAAUUAGAUUACAGUGAUGGGUUGCUUCUGACAUUUCCAUUAACUCAGUCAAUUACAAAAGUCAUAAUUGAUCGAAAAAAAGAUAAAUGUAAUCAUUUCCAAAAUGUUCUGCUUGAAAACUUUUGCUCUCCCGUUUGUCACAUGUUACGCGAGAGACUGAGAGCUACGGGAAGUAGAACUCAGAAGCAGACAGCCGAUUCGAGGUAGUGGGAUUAGAAAAACAAAUGUCUUUACUAGCCAACAUUUAGAGACAACUGACCCAUAACAAGGGGUUGACACAGACUAAAUACACAGGGGAACUAGAACGGGCACUCGGUAGAGCGCAUACCUUCGCAUAUCACAAGAUUGGGCAUUGAAUUAUGAACAUUUUGGCAUUAGUUGCAUGCCAAUUGGACAAAAAUGUAUCGUGCUAUGGUAAAAAAAAGAUGUUGACCUUUCCAUGGCCUUGACCUUGACCUUUGACCCGAUUGAUCCCAAAAUCUAAUCAAAUGUUCCCCGGAUAAUAACCAAUCAUCCCACCAAAUUCCAUGUGAUUCAAGAAGAUUUGACCUGUUCAUGACCUUUGACCUUGACCUUUGACCCGAUCGAUCCCAAAAUCUAAUCAACUGGUCCCCGGAUAAUAAACAAUCAUCCCACCAAAUUUCAUGCGAUUCGGUUCAAUACUUUUUGAGUUCUGCGAAAGAUUUUGACCUGUUCAUGACCUUUGACCCGAUCGAUCCCAAAAUCUAAUCAACUGGUCCCCGGAUAAUAAACAAUCAUCCCACCAAAUUUCAUGCGAUUCGGUUCAAUACUUUUUGAGUUUUGCGAAUAACACGCAUACAAAUAAAUAAAUAAAUACACGGAUCAAAACAUAACCUUCCGGCAUUUUCAAUGCGAAGGUAACGAGGCACAGGUGGAAACAAUGAGGGCGGGGUCUGCGAUCACACAGGAGGGCAGCACCCGAGGGGGAGGAGUCUGAAACGAGAGACAAGGUGAGUGACAGCCAAGACAACAGAAACAGACAGUGAACACAACCCAGAGGGUCUGGGUGUAACUGUCACACCAAAAAAAGUAUUUCCACCACAAGUUUGACAUUAAUCUCGCUUACAACAAUAACAAUAAUACAGAUGUUUUAAUUUUGUGAACUCAGCAUACUAUUAUCCAUGUUGUGACAUAUUGCUUGAUGAGGGUUGAUAGAAAGUAUUCAUUCAUAAAGUGUAAUUAUCGUGUUUUACAUGAGUAGGUUUUUGUUCUGUAACAUGCCGUGAUGGUAUUCUAAUAUAUUAUAUAAUAUUCUGAGUCAUUAUUAAUGUUGAACAUGAUUUAAAAAACAGACU